UGUCAGCAGGUCUUUCCUGUGCAAUCAUGUUCUUGCUUUUGAUUAUUUGUAUUUUCAGGCUGGAUGGGGGCUGUAUUCUGCCCAUUCAAAAAUGGCCAGGGCAUUCACAAAAACAUAUUCAAGGAUACUCAAAGAGCCCAAAAUAUCAUUAUAUACAUCUUUCCUUUCCAUUCAAAUCUACAAACAAUGCACUGUAUCAGGAGGAUUUAAAGUGCCCCCAGGGCAAGGCAUUUCAAAACCAAUGAGCAUUCUGUAUUUUGGGUCAGACAACUUUGCUAUUCCCUCCUUACAAAUGCUGCAUUCCAAAAGGGAGCGGGGCGAGCUUGCGGACCUGGCCGUGGUGAGCGUGCGCCUUCGCGCCGGGCGCACGGCGGUGCGGCGGUACGCCGAGCAAAACGGCCUGCCCGUGCUGGACUGGCCGCCCCAGCUGGCCGCCGGCCGCUUCAACCUGGGCGUGGUCGCCUCGUUUGGCCACCUGCUGCCGCGCCGGCUCAUCGAUCUGUUCCCCGCAGGCGUGAUCAACGUGCACGCGAGUCUGCUCCCGCGCUGGCGCGGCGCAGCGCCGGUGGUGCACGCCCUGCUGGCCGGCGACCGCACCACCGGCGUCACCAUCAUGGUCGUCAAGCCCCACAGGUUUGACGUCGGGGACGUUCUGGCGCAGUCGACGUUGCCGGUGGCGGCGUCGGCGGACGUGCACCAGCUGACGGAGCAGCUGGCCGAGCGGGGCGCCGCCCUGCUGGAGCGGUGCCUGGACGACCUGCCGGCCAGCCUGCGUGGCGCGCGACCCCAGCCGAAGGAGGGUGUCACGCUCGCGCCGCGUCUGACGGCGGCCGACUACCGCGUGGAGUGGACGCGGCCGGCGGCGCUGCAGGGCAAGCCGGCCAUGAGUGGCGAGGAGUUCUACAACGGCUUCCUCAGUGGGCUCGACGCCGACCAGCGCUGCUUCGAUAGCUGA